AUGAAGGAAGACAGCGGCGCAGUAAAGCCUACGAACUUCCACAGGAUCGUUGUGCGGUUUCCUCGGUACGACAUCAAGAUCGUUGUGGACGAGCCCGGCAACGCCAUGCGCGCCAAAUUCCCCACGGCGCCAAAAAUCUGGAGGAUGCGUAUUCCGGCGUACCGCCUCGUGGUACAGCUCCGCAUGUGUCGCGGCAUGUUUGGUCAUAUCACAGACGUCCCCAACCGGCGCUGCCCCAACCAGACCAAGAUCGCUCUUGACUUCAUUCGCGAUUUUAUCGAAGCGAAUAAGGUCGACGCCCGCAGCGUGCGUGUACUUACGCCGUACGCGGCGAAUGUGUACCUGAUCAACAGCAUGGUCAGGCUGCCCGAGUACUCUUCGCUGUCUUCAAUGGAGCCGGCCACGACCGUCGACUCAUUUCAGGGCCUGGAGGCCGACAUUGCGGUCGUCGUGCGGGCGUCAGGGUCAACUCCGGCUCCCGCCGGAGUUGACCCUGACGCCCGGCUCCUGCCGUUGACGUCCCUUGACGCUGGGACUCCUCCCUCCUCUCCUGUUGCCGAGUCCACCGGCUGA